GUUAUGAAAAAUUGAAUGAGACAUUUCUUAAGGGAGGGGAAGGUGCGGGUCGUUAGUGUCGUAUAUUCCCCCAAAAAUUCACUCCCUGAACUUUCAGACUAUAAAUAACGCUCAGUCCGCAACAUCCUUCUGGCCCUUCCCAGCCUCUGUAGCCCAUUUGUAAUCUAUUUUGUAGUUUGUUUCUUCUUCAUAUUUUCCUUAUACUGUAGAUCUUUCGUAGGCGUUUUCAUAGUCCUCGAAAUUUGAAAACCAGAUCCGUCAAACUCUUCUGUAAAAAAAAAAAAAAAAAUUGUAAUUUUUUACACAAACAAACCCUAGAUUUUAGUUAUUUUGACAAUCGGUUCUGAUUCAUCCGUGUUUUUUUGUUUGGUGAUUUCUUAGUACGAGGCUGUAGUAUGCUAGUUUAGGGUUUGAAUGUUUGAAUUGUUCCUUCUUGCAUAUCGGAGGGUCACCUCUACGGUUUUCUUUUUUUAAUCCUUUUUUAAUUUUUAAAUUGGGUCCAUGGACAAGAAGAAGGUGGCGGUGCCGCUGGUAUGCCACGGGCAUUCGCGGCCGGUCGUCGAUUUGUUCUACAGUCCGGUCACACCCGAUGGAUUCUUCCUUAUCAGUGCCAGCAAGGAUUCUAGUCCAAUGCUUAGAAAUGGAGAAACUGGUGAUUGGAUAGGAACCUUUGAAGGGCACAAAGGUGCAGUUUGGAGUUGUUGCCUGGAUACUAAUGCUUUACGUGCUGCAUCUGGCUCUGCAGAUUUUACUGCGAAAUUGUGGGAUGCAUUGACUGGGGAUGAAUUGCAUUGUUUUGAGCACAAGCACAUUGUUAGGGCAUGUGCCUUUUCAGAGGAUACACACCUUCUUCUCACUGGUGGAUUUGAAAAAAUACUUCGUAUAUUUGAUUUGAAUCGUCCAGAUGCACCUCCAAGAGAAGUUGAUAAUUCUCCUGGUUCAAUUAGAACUGUUGCAUGGCUCCACAGUGACCAAACAAUAUUGAGUUCAUGCACUGAUAUUGGGGGUGUGAGGUUGUGGGAUGUAAGAAGUGGCAAAAUUGUUCAGACGCUGGAGACCAAGUCACCUGUGACCAGUGCUGAAGUCAGUCAGGAUGGCCGUUAUAUAACUACUGCUGAUGGGUCCACUGUUAAGUUCUGGGAUGCAAAUCAUUUUGGGUUGGUGAAGAGCUAUAACAUGCCCUGCAAUGUGGAGUCUGCUUCACUGGAACCAAAGCUCGGCAACAAGUUCAUUGCUGGCGGAGAGGACAUGUGGGUUCACAUUUUUGAUUUCCAUACUGGAGAAGAGAUCGGAUGCAACAAAGGUCACCAUGGUCCUGUCCACUGUGUCCGCUUUUCACCUGGAGGGGAAUCCUAUGCAUCUGGAUCUGAAGAUGGGACCAUUAGAAUAUGGCAGACGGGCCCCCUAACUCAAGAUGAGAGCGAUUCUCUCACUGCAAAUGGCCCGACUGGAAAAGUGAAGGUUGCAGCUGAUGAGGUUGCCCGCAAGAUUGAGGGCUUUCAAAUAAACAAAGAAGGCAGGGCUGGGGAGAAAGAAAAGGUGGCAAGCAACUGACUUGGCGAAGAUCAUCGGGAGGAUUAAAUGUGUUUUGGGUGUGUGUUUGGCAAGUUGUAGGCUUGUGGGUGCGACUUUUUUGGAACCAUCUUUAUGGAAAUUAGAACAAAUUUUUUUUUUUUCUUUUGUUCUUUGCAUCUCUGGUCCGUCUUUUAUCCAAUUUGUGUGGAGAUCUUGUUGGUUUCUAA